AUGCCUCACUCCGCUCGUGCCGCAACGGCCGAGGAGCUUCCUUCCGUCACCAGCUAUGGACAAGUCAUCGAGUACAUCCAAGAUCGACUAUACCUCGCAUCAUAUACUCACGCGCCCGACGAGAACACUCCAUUCCCUUACCCACCCAAGCCAAGCAGAUCGCCCAACAAGCGAUCACAAAGAGCGCAGCAUGGACCGCAAGCAGUACAGAGCGACGAACAGCGACCAGUGCCAUUCUAUUUUUCUAUCGACCACAGCCUGCUCUACAACGCCUUCCAUGCAGACUUCGGUCCACUGCACGUUGGACAUCUCUACCGUUUCGCUGUACAGCUGCAUGAUGUCCUUGGCCACCCGGAGAACGAGACUCGAUCUGUUGUGUUCUGGAGUCAUCCGGACUCGAGAAGUCGCGCCAAUGCUGCAUGCCUAUUGGCCACAUAUAUGGUGCUAAUUCAGAAUUGGCCACCUCAUCUUGCGCUUGCACCAAUUGCUCAGAUGGACCCUCCCUGCAUGCCAUUCCGGGAUGCUGGUUACAGCCAAGCAGAUUACGCACUAACAAUCCAGGACGUCGUGUAUGGUGUAUGGAAGGCCAAGGAAGAAGGCUUGGUCGGUCUCAAGGAGUUCAGUCUCGAGGAAUAUGAGAGAUACGAGCGUGUCGACCAGGGCGACUUCAACUGGGUGACGCCAGACUUUCUUGCUUUCGCCAGCCCACAACACCAGCCUGUGGAUGUUGUUGCGCCGUCGGAUCCAUCAUACAACCAGCUUCCGCGCUCCAUCUCGGCACUGCACAAGGACAAGAUAUUACCGCAGCCGUUCAAGAAUGUCCUCAUGCACUUCGCUGAACGUGGCGUCGGUCUCGUAGUGCGGCUGAACUCUGAGCUAUACUCGCCAAGCUACUUCACUGCGCUGGGCAUAAAGCAUCUGGACAUGAUCUUCGAGGACGGUACCUGCCCUCCCCUCCAACUGGUUCGCAAGUUCGUCAACCUCGCUCAUACUACGAUUAACGACAAGCAUAAGGGCAUCGCUGUCCAUUGCAAGGCUGGCCUUGGUCGAACAGGUUGUCUCAUUGGUGCCUACCUUAUCUACAGAUAUGGUUUCACGGCAAACGAGAUCAUAGCGUUCAUGCGAUUUAUGCGACCAGGUAUGGUCGUGGGUCCACAGCAACAUUGGCUUCAUCUGAAUCAGGGCACCUUCCGAGAGUGGUGGUUCGAGGAUACGGUACGGGAGAAGAUCAUGGCAAGCAUGCAACCAAGCACACCAACCAGAUUGGGCCACUCUAGCAGCCGAAGACUGGCCAGCAAUGGACAGACUUUUACUCCACCAAACGGAGACAGGCGUAUUAGCAGUCCUCGUAGGUCUGCCCUCGGCGAGAUCAAGAACAAUGAACAAGGCGUAACAUCCAAUGGUGGCUACUCCUCAUCCGAAGAGAACAUGAAGGGCGGUCUUGGUGUUGCAGACGAGAAUUUGCCUGCGCCUACUCCCGGUCAGCCUCGGAAGACGAAUAAAAUCUUUGGCACAGGUCGCAGAGUCAUGACAGAGAACCAGCCUUUCAACAUCAAGCCCGAUAACGAAGUCGUUACCAUGCAGCGAUCGAACAUGACCGCAGAUGCCAGCGAGAGCGAGAAUGAUCGUGCACUCCGCAUGAUGUCGCGGAAGGCAUCACAAUCGCCAGUCAGCCGGAGCGGCAAGCGACGAGCCGUUUCUUGCACGACCACGACUACGACCACGACCAAAUGGGAUGUCCCAACAGACGGCAGCGACGCAGAGAACAUGCAGCCCGCUCUCAUCGAAGAGCUCGACACCGCCAUGACCGACCGCCUCACCAGCCCUUCACGACCCAAGACCCCAGGUACAGUCAAGUCCGGCAACGGCAUGGGUGCCCUGAGCGUAGGCAAGCGGGCUUCGCCUAGCAGACGAAGCACGGAGGGCAAGACGAGUGUACGGAAGACGAGCGGACGGGUUGGCAGUGUGGGCACGCAGGCUGUCAAGGCGCACAAGGCUUCGUUGGCUGGCUGA